ACCUUUCUUUUCUUUUCCCUUCUUUCACUUUUUAUUGCCGCACAGUGCAUGCUGGAAUGUGCACACCUCGUAGUGAUUGGUGAAAUCCCACGGGGAGCCGACCGCGCUGCCCCAGAGGUCGCGGGGGCCCCCGGCCGCUCUUCUUUGCGGAAGUAGCCACUGACUGACCUCGAGCGCCGCGCUUGCUGCGCUGCUUCAUCAGGGGGAAUUGUGAGACUCGCACCGCGGAGGAGGUGACCUGAGGAGCCUUUGUGCGGCCCUCCGGGUCGAGCGCUCUCUCCCCAGGCCCGCGCCCUCUGACGCUCGGCCCUCGAGGCAAAUCCCGGGCAGCAGACUGUUUCGCUGGAGAGCUUCAUGCUUCUUUGUAAAAGAUGAGGGCGGUUUUAAGUACCGUUACUGCACCUAAAAUAGUCCUUUCCGUAUGAAAUACCACGGGUUUUCACAUCCCUUUGAGAUUGUCAUAAAUACGUAUUUUUUUAAUGGUUUGGUUGGACGGGGUCAGCUAAGGCCGGUGCGUGCAGUUCGUUUAAUAUGGUCCCGACCCUUCCCGUUCUUCGUUUUAAAUGUUUACGUAGAAACAGUGUAAACCCGGGGUCCUACUGUCCGACGUCAGCAGUUCCCUGCGCGUUUCCACACCCCGCCAGAUUACUUUUUAACAGAGCUCAAUUAUCAAAUCGUUUUAGAUGUAUUUAGAUGUACCUCUAAAAGAAUUUUUAAAAUAACUACAAUACAGUCACAUACCUAAAAAUUAAUAAUUUAAUAUUAAGUAAUUCCUCAGUCACUUUUAUUGAAGUGAGGGCCAGAGAAGGGCAUGUAUUACCAUGUGUUGAGAUGCCUCUCUUUGUCUCUGUCUCCCUCUCUCAAAGCAGGUCUUUUGUGGUCUCUCACGUUCUAGAUUUGCUGAUUUCGUUCUUGUGGGGCUGGUUAACGUGUUCCUCUACUUUCCAUAUGUCCUGCAUAAAUGGUGGUUGAAGCAAAAGGCUUGAUCAGAUUCAGGCAUCCCUCCCUCCUUCCCUUCCUUCCCGCCCUUCUGAGACAAGGUUUCCCUGUGCAGCCCAGGAAGGCCUCCAACUCCUGCCUCAGCCUCCUAGGUGCUGGGGUUACAGGCAUGCACCAAAACUUCCAGCUAGAUUCAGGAAUCAUUUUUUGGUGGUUUUUUCUUUUGGCAUGACUGUGCUGUAGGAAAUGUCAGGAAGCAACCCAACAUUUGGCUGUCUGUCUGCAUGUUAAAGAUCAUUUGUGAUCAUUGCCUGGCUCCAUUAUUUCAUUAGGAACUGCAAGCUAUUGCUGUUUUAAUUGUCCUUUCUUUCUCAUUCAUUACCUAGAAAAAAAUUUAUAAGUAAUUUUACCUUUAGCAGAAUUUUACCUUUGUGAGGAUUACCUUUUUGUAGUAUUGUGUAUAUAGAAGAGGAAAUUUUCAUAAUAUCUUCCCAAGAUGAUCAAUGGAAUUUUUUUUUUAAAUGUUAUGAACUCUUCUAUUUAAACUGUGCAGCUUCCUCCUUCAAUCCAAAGAGUACUACACCAUGGAUAUGUUUGAGUACUAUCCCAGGAGCUGUUCAAAACCCUUGGCGUUCCUUGCCACCUUGGUAAACAGAAGGAUGAGAGGUUGACAGGCCGCAGCGCUACAGUCUCCUGCAGUCAGAGCCUCCCUCCAGCCGAUCUCGCAUCUUUAAUGGACAAAACAUAUGAGAGAAAGUUGCCUGUUAGUUCUUUAACAAUGUCACGGUUCGUGGACAAUAUUUCAUCUCGAGAAGAAAUAGACCAUGCAGAAUAUUACCUUUACAAAUUUCGACACAGUCCCAACUGCUUGUACCUAAGAGACUGGACUAUCCACUCCUGGAUCAGGCAGUGUCUAAAAUAUGGUGCCCAAGACAAAGCCUUAUAUACCCUUGUCAAUAAGGUUCAAUAUGGAAUUUUUCCAGAUAAUUUUACAUUCAACUUAUUGCUGGAUUCUUUCAUAAAGCAAGAAAAUUACAAAGAUGCUUUAUCUGUGGUUUUUGAGAUCAUGAUGCAAGAAGAAUUUGAAGCAACCUCCACCCAGCUCCUUUCUCUCUAUGUUUUAUACCAUUGCCUGGCGAAGAAGACCAACCUCAGCUGUGAGGAGGAGAGGAAAUUCGGUGCAUCCCUGUUACUUCCAGGCCUAAAACAGAAGAACACAGUGGGUGUGAGUUCCCAGUUGUAUGGCAGUGCGCUUCUUGGAAAGGUGGAAAUGCAGCACGGACUUCGGGCUGUGUACCCCAACAUGCCUCUGAUAUGGAAACCAGGCUACCUUGACCGAGCCCUUCAAGUGAUGGAGAAGGUGGCCUCCUCUCCAAAGGACAUAAAGCUAUGUAGGGAAGCGGUCGAUAUGCUGGACCGAGUGCUGAAGGCACUGACUUCUCCAGCUGAGGGCGCCUCAGAGAAGCCUCCCCCAGAAGGCGGAGAUGGCCCAGACCCAGAUAAUGUGGUGGAGCAGCUAGACAUAGAGGAACCAGAAGAGUCCAAGCUUCCGCAGUACCUGGAGCGCUUUAAGGUCUCUCAGUCUAAGCUGCAGGCUCUGGGCAAAGUUGAGUCAGAAAGCCUUUUGACUCUGACCACCCAGCUUGUCGAGGAAAAGCUCCCCACCUGUGAGCCCGAGGACCUCGCUACCUAUGAGCAAAAACUGCAGGCGUGGCAUGUGGAGCUGAUGCAGUUGAUACAGAGGGAGCAGGAGCAGAGGGAGAGAGCGAAGCAAGAGUACCAGGCCCGGAAAGCAUCCAAGGCAGCAGCCUAACGCACCCGGCCAGCCCUGCGCAAGGACCUCCCACGGCCGCUGCAGCACUCAGCAGGGACAGGUGGAACCUCAACCUCUUCUUUCUGGCUUUUCUUAAAACAGGCUACACGUGGUCUAAAAGCCACGCUGUGCUACCUAUCAAGAUGCUCUGACUGCCCAUCCAGAUGCUGAGAAGGGCUGGCAAACUAAGCAAGUGGCCGGACCAAAGUCACCAGCUAAAUAUCUUUAAGGGGAACUCUCGAGGCUCCCAGUGGUGUGCCAGGCAUGGGAGUCAGCUGUGAGCGUGGAAAAUUCCCAGCACCUGGUGAGAGUUGGGGGAGAGGCUGUGGCUGAGGAGUCUCACCUCCAGCACAGGCUUUUGAAUGUUCUGCCUGCCCAGCCAAGGCAUGUGGGGCCCAGGUGAACUGCAGAGUCCCCUUUCUAGUGAUGCCUCCCAGUGCGAGCUGGCCGUGACGCUCACACAUUCCCACAUCCUCCUCCCCACCGUGGACUGCCCUGUGGUUCUGCUCUGCGGGGAGCUCACAGCAAAAGCAACCACAAGACCAGGACCCCACUAGGUUGCCAAUUUUAGGCAGCCACAGUGACAUCGUUAGGCUGUAGGGGCUCCAGAGGAGGAGAAACCUGGCCCCCGCUCUGAAGGCCUGUUGCUGUGGCUGCUUUGUCGUCUUGGGGUUGCUUUUCCGGAGCAUCAUUGCUACUUCCUUGAGCAGGUUUUUGUUUGUCUACACAGGCAUGUGUGUGCACGUAUACACACACAUGUUCAUGCACAGCUGUGAACACACAUUUCAGUGAAAAAAGUUAGUGAAAAUGGGAGAUAGGAUCGGGCUUCAAAUGCAUAGCUGAUGUGAAUAACUGUAAAACUGCCAGGAGAUGGGAAAUGCCUUCCUGAGGUUUCCUUCUGUGACAUGAUCAGGGACGGUUUUUACUUGCCAUGUAAUGUUGCCUUUGAGUACAGCGGUAUGCUUUUACUCAAGCUUGUGCUUUUAUCAAGAACCUGCAGAAAUAAAGAAUACACUGAAAUAAU